GAACACACCGAUGCGAUCAGAUCUCACUCGCCGUUCUUCACGCGACAUAUAUUAUGGAUGAUCUGAAAAUCGAAAAAUGAAUUUCUGUAUUUGAUUCCUCAGAUACGAUAACAAGGAGGACAACAAAGGGCGACGACGCCGAGACUAUGGUUCAAAACCCUAGCUCCCAACGACCAUCGAUAUCUGAUGCACAAAGGAAGAUGCAGAUGCAGUGAUGAACGAGAAAAUCCCUUCCAAUGAAUUUCUCGAGUGCACUGUUCAUCGCGAGAACUUCAAAUCCAAAUCUGUUGAUGUUCAUGCUGAAUCGAAGGUCAUUUCUAGGGGGAUAUGAGCGACCUGGAAUGCCUCUCAAGAUUUGUAAUCAGAUUUCCAAUUCAAUUGCAGAAUCCAACGAUUUGAGGCAAAAUGAAGGCCGGUGUUACUGUUCACUGCAACCAUGGCUUCUCUGAUUCUCAGCUUCUGACUGGGUGGUGGAGCAUAUUUCUAUAUCACCAACAAAGAAGGCUAUUCUCCAAUUUGGAAUGAGUCACUUUGAAGGAUGUUACUAUGAAAAGUAUUUUUUGAUUACAUGAGAGAAUGAACGAGGCACUCAUGGAGGACUAGACCAAGCCUUGGUAAUUUUCAAGCAUUUAGGCAAUGCAUUGGAGUUAUAGUAUUCUAGAUGUGAAUUUUAGUGAGCUAAAAUUAAUGUUCAAGUUUUCACAUCCAUCUUUAAAUUCAAAUGGCAAACCACGGUUUUGGGAUUGUUUAUUGAGUAGUUGGUUUGGCAUAGAAUUUUUCUAAAAUUUUCAACAUGUGCUACAAUGGUGUCCUGCAAAUGAGCAUUGCACUCCUGGUUCUUAAAUAGGGACUUUGAGAUUUGUUGUGGUUUGACUUAUGGUUCUUCUUGUAGUUCCUAAAACAAGAGCAGGUGCUGGAGUUGAGAUGCUGAGUGCAAUUACAAUUGACUGAUACCUUUUUCUAUAAUUUAUUGUUUUCAUUAGGUUUUAAACCAGAAUGUGGUUGCGCAUUGGAACACAACACAUGCUCUGUCAAAGUCAAGCUAUUGGGAGUUUUGAUGAUUACUAAUUUGUUGUUCUUGUGUUUUUCAGAAGCAUUUAGCAAGGGUUGCUUAAUUGGUUACUUUGAGAUGUUGUGGUGUAUUACUCUCCUUUUAAUUAAUAAAAAUUUUCUUUUGUU